AUGCCCGGCUCCCUCGUGAGCUGCACCCUCAUCGCGCUCCUCGCCCAGCUCGCAGGGCAAGCAGCCUCUGGAUCCCUGAAGGAGCUGGUUGGUGCCCUUGGUGGAUCUGUGAUUUUCCCUCUGGCACACUCAGUAAAUCAGAUUGACAGCAUUGUCUGGUUCUUUAACCAAACUAUUCUUGUCACCAUACAGCCAAAAGUGGCAAGCAAACUAAACAAUAUCAUAGUGAUUCAAAAUCAUAAUGAGAACAGGGUAGAGUUCCCACAUGGAAGCUACUCCCUGAAGCUCAGCAAACUGAGAAAGAAUGACUCUGGUGCCUAUCGUGUGUUCAUAUACAGCUCCUCCCACAAGGAUCCCUUCACCCAGGAGUAUGGGCUGAGAGUCUAUGAGCACCUAUCAAAGCCCAAAAUCACCUUGGGUCUGCAGAACAAUAAAAAUGGCACCUGUGUGACCAACCUGACAUGCUCCAUGGAACAGGGAGGAGAGGAUGUGACUUACAGCUGGAAGUCCAUGGGGCAGACAACCAAUGAGUCCCAUAAUGGCCCCAUCCUUCCCAUAUCCUGGAGGCUGGGGGAAAAAGACAGGACCUUCAUCUGCAUAGCGAGAAACCCCAUUAGCAGCAACGCUUCAGACCUCAUCUUUGCCUGGAAGCUCUGUGAAGGUGCCGUGGGUAACCUAGAUGUCACGGUCCUGAGCCUCCUGUGUACAUCCUUACUGUUCAGUGUCCUUGUGCUGGUGCCAAUUGCUUUGAUAAGGUUGAGACAAAGAGGAAAAGAGUCCAUUGAGGAGAAGAAGAGAGUGGACGCUCGUCAGGAAGUCCUUAACUGCUACCCCCCUUCUGGAGAGACAGUGUAUGAUAGCAUCUCUAAUGUUAAUAAAACUAUUCCAGAGGAAAAUUCCGUAAACACGCUUUAUUCCGCGGUGCAAGUACCCAAACAGAUGGAGAAACCCACAUCGCCCACAUCGCCAGACACACCAAAGCCAUUUACCUUUGAGAAUAUCAUCUAA